AUGAGUAGGUCAUUGAUGGGAAGCUUUUGUUGGUGGAGAUUGCUGAUAGCUGCUACUUUCUACUUUUAUAGCAUGUGUUCUUCUGAGAAAGCUCCCAACUACAGCUUUCUCCACAAUGCAACAUCAGCACCACCAACCUCUUACUACGACUACAUCAUCAUCGGCGGUGGAACAGCAGGGUGUCCGUUAGCCGCAACGCUCUCUCAGAACGCAACUGUCCUACUCCUAGAGCGAGGGGGCUCCCCUUAUGGGAACUCCAACAUAACCCUCCUUUCCUCCUUUGGGUCCGCUCUCUCGGACCUCUCGCCUAGUUCCCCGUCCCAGCGAUUUAUUUCUGAGGACGGGGUAAUUAAUGCGAGGGCCCGUGUCCUAGGGGGCGGGUCCUGUCUUAAUGCGGGAUUUUAUUCCCGCGCAGGACCCGCCUACGUACGAGACGUGGGAUGGGAUGGACGUCUCGUUAAUGAGUCGUACCAUUGGGUUGAAGAAGUUGUAGCAUUUCAGCCCCCUAUGAGACAAUGGCAAUCAGCCGUACGAGAUGGUCUUAUUGAUGCUGGAGUUGUACCUUUUAACGGGUUCACGUUUGAUCAUAUUAAUGGGACUAAAGUUGGUGGGACUAUUUUUGAUAGGGAUGGACAUAGACAUACUGCUGCUGAUUUGUUAGGGUAUGCUAAUCCCAAUGGAAUUAAUGUGCUCUUGCAUGCUACAGUUCACAAGAUCUUGUUCAAAACAAAAGGAGUGGCAAGGCCACAAGCCCAAGGGGUCCUAUACAUGGACGCAGCAGGAGUCCAACACAAGGCCUACCUAAAGCCCGGGCCCAAGAGUGAACUUAUAUUAUCAGCUGGGUCACUCGGAAGCCCACAACUACUAAUGUUAAGUGGUGUAGGUCCAGCAGACCAUCUUAAAGCCCAUAACAUUAGCUUAGUGUUGAACCAGCCCAUGGUUGGGCAAGGCAUGGCAGACAAUCCAAUGAAUGCAAUCUACAUCCCUUCUCCUCAGCCUGUGGAGGUCUCCCUCAUUCAAGUGGUAGGCAUCACCCCCUUUGGCAGCUACAUUGAGGCUGCUAGUGGUGAGAACUUCGGCGGCGGCAAUUCCAGCCCAAGAGACUUCGGUAUGCUCUCUCCAAAGAUAGGUCAGUUAUCAAUAGUACCACCAAAGCAAAGAACUCCAGAGGCACUAGCUGAGGCCAUUGAACAAAUGUCUAACCUACCCGACUUAGCCUUCCAAGGUGGGUUCAUCAUCGAAAAGGUCAUGGGUCCAGUGUCAUCAGGCCAUCUAGAGCUUCGAAACAUCGACCCAAACGCGAACCCGUCCGUAACCUUUAACUACUUCCAAGAAGCAGAGGACCUGCAAAGGUGUGUACAAGGGCUACAAACCAUAGAGAAAGUGAUAAACUCAAACUCAUUUUCUAAGUUCAAAUAUCAAGGUAUAUCAGUACAAACUCUGCUUAAUAUGACAGCAAGUACUCCUGUAAACUUGUUACCGCACCAUGCCAAUGUUUCUGCUUCAUUGGAGGAGUUUUGUAAAGAUACUGUCAUGACUAUAUGGCAUUACCAUGGUGGUUGUCAAGUUGGUAGAGUGGUGGAUGCUGAUUAUAAGGUUAUUGGAAUAGAUAGUUUGAGGGUUAUUGAUGGAUCUACCUUUUAUUAUUCUCCUGGGACUAAUCCUCAAGCUACUGUUAUGAUGCUUGGAAGGUAUAUGGGAGUAAGGAUCCUAACAGAGAGGUUCGAAAGCCAAGAAAAAAGCUAA